AUGGAAUUCGCGUCUUCUUCAUGCGAUGUGCUCAUCAACUUUACCGGCGAAGACAUCUGUAGGAAGUUCGUUUCUCAUCUCGAUUCUGCUCUCUCAGCUGCUGGAUUCACCACUUUCCUUCACCAGGACAAUCUAGUCAACUCCAUGCAGCUCCAACAUCUAACACAACCAAAAGAAUUGUGUCGGAUAGCAAUAGUUGUUUUUACCAAAACUUAUGCUGAAUCUGCCUGGUGUCUUCAUGAGCUUCAACAAAUCAUUAAAUGGCACGAAACUUAUUGCCGUCAUGUUCUGCCCGUAUAUUACGAAAUUCAGCCAUCUGAUGUACGUCUUCAGAAGGGUGAUUUUGGAAAAGCCUUGAAAGCAACUGCGCAACAAACAUUUUCAGGACAACAAGUGGAAGAUGCCUUGUCCAGGUGGAGCCGCGCACUCACCAAAGCAGCAAAUUUGUUUGGGUGGGAUGAGAGAAAUUACAGGAGUGAUGCUGAACUAGUGGACAAAAUUGUUAAGAACGUCCUUUAUUUACCAGUCUUAGCUGCUACUAAAUUUCCAGUUGGAUUAGAGUCCCAUGUGGAAAAACUGAUUCGAUAUAUUGAAAAUACCAAAGUCAGUAUCAUAGGGAUAUGGGGAAUGCGAGGAUUUGGUAAAGCCACCGUCGCCAAAGCCGUCUACAACCAAAUUCAUGAUACAUUCGUAGGCUAUGUGACAGAGAUACUGAAUGGCUGUGGACUACAGGCUGAUAUUGGAAUAGCAGUUCUCAUACAGCGUAGCCUCCUCAAAGUUGAAAAGAAAAAUAAACUCGGCAUGCAUCAUUUGCUACGAGAAAUGGGAAGAGAAAUUAUUCGUAGAAGUUCAACAAAGGAACGUGAGCAGCGCAUUCGACUGUUUGCUGACGAGGCUAAAUUUGUACUGACAAAGAAUAAUGGAACAGCGGCUAUUCAGGGAUUGACUCUGAAGUCAUCAUUACCCAUCACAUAUUGGUUGGAAAUUUAUGCUUUCCAGAACAAGGAGAUAUUGAGACUGCUGGAACUUUACUCUCAACUAUUCACGAGAGACUAUCGGAACCUUUCAAAGCAACUGAGAUGGAUCUGUCAUCGAGGGUUUCCAUUAAAAUAUAUACCUAACAACUGUAAUAUGGAAGGUGCAAUUGCGGUUGAUUUAAAAUACAGUAAUCUCAGAUGUGUCGGGAAACAACCAUGGGUGUUAGGGUGGCUAAAAUUUCUCAAUCUAAGUCACUCCAAGUACUUGACGGAAACACCGGACUUUUCAGGACUACCAAGUCUUAAAAAGCUCAUUCUCAAAGAUUGUCCAAGUUUGUGCAAGGUACACCAAUCCAUAGGAGAUCUCUGCAAUCUUCUACUCAUAAAUUUGAAGGAUUGUAUAAGUCUUAGCAAUCUCCCAAAAGAGGUAUAUAAGUUGAAAUCUUUAAAAACUCUCAUCCUAUCUGGUUGUUCCAAGAUUCACAUUUUGGAAAAAGAUAUAGUGAAGAUAGAAUCCUUGAUAACACUAAUUGCUGAAAAUAACGCAGUGAAACAAGUUCCCCUUUCAAUUGUAAGCUCAAAAUGCAUUGGAUAUGUAUCCCUACGUGGAUUUGAAGGAUUGUCACACAAAAUUUAUCCUUCUAUCAUUCGGUCUUGGAUCUCACACAAUAUUAGGCCGUUUAGCACGCAUAUGGAGAAUAAUAAUUGGCGUGACCUUUCGCCAUUGUUUAGCAGCCUUGCAAAUCUUCGAAGUGUUUUGGUUCAAUGUGACACAGAGUUUCAACUAUCUAAGCAAGUAAGAACAACACUUGUCGAAUGCGGUGCAAAUGUUACAAAAUUAAGAACUUCAGAGCAUCACUUGAGGUUUUCUUUGAUUGGUGUUGGAAGUUACAAUGAAUUCUUCAACACUCUAAGCGAUAGCAUACAUGAGGGAUUGGCAAGGAGUGAAUCUUCGUAUGUUUGUCUUCCAGGUGACAAUUGUCCUUAUUGGUUAGCCCAUGUGGGUGAAGGACAUUCAGUUUGUUUCACUAUGCCUCAGGACUGUGACGUAAAGGGAAUGGCUUUGUGUGUUGUUUAUUUAUCAACCCCUGACAACUUGGCAACUGAAUGUCUUACAAGUGUCUUAAUUGUUAACUACACAAAGUGCACAUUCCACAUACACAAGCAUGGCACAGUAAUUUCCUUUGAUGACAGAGAUUGGGAGGGCAUAAUGUCAAAUUUAGAAUCUGGAGACAAGGUGGAGAUUUUUGUGACUCUUGCUCAUGGAUUGGUUGUCAAGAACACAGCUGUGUAUCUGAUAUAUGCUGAUCCAAAUGACUUGGAAAUGGAGGCUUGCCAUCAGCCAAAUAAAAAUGUCUUCCAUAAAUUCUUAAAAGAAAUUGUAACGUGUGACUUCAAGUCAUUCUUUGAGGAAGCCAAGAUCCUGAAUGCAAAAACCACUCUUGCAAAAGGUCUCCAUGGUCUUCCCGGAUAUGCAUAUGAAGUUCCCCCAUUACUCGUGACAACACAUCUGCAAUGA